UCAGAAUUUUGACGUUAGUCAUUUUAGUGAACCGCCGGCUUGCAGAUUUCUCUGUCCCACGAAAGAAGUUCCGAAAAUAAAUUGCGUUUUUCCCCUGAAAAUGAAUCUGGAACCUAUCAAUAAUGCCCUGUCGCAUCUGCGGAUGUUGCGCUCAAGUGUGGGUCAGGUUUUCGAAACGCUCGGCAACGGCGUCCGGGCCGAACACGGCGAAGAAGGUAAGGAGCAAAAAUUCCUUCAGGAACUGCAGGAGCUUUUGAACGGGGUCAACUCCAAUCUGCGCGAGUUCGAGACCUGCAUCAACGAUCUGACGCCUCCGCAGGCGCCUUUCAAUUUAGCCAACACGGCUUACCUCUCGUUGGAAACGAAUCUGGAGCGGCAAGCGCUUUAUCCACAUCUGGUGCAAAGUUACAAGUGGCACGAUAAGCUACACGAGUACAGUACCUUUGCUUCGGUUCUGCUCCAGCAGAACUCCCUGAAGCGGUCCUAUUACACAAACACCAAGCGGAGGCGUUCGCUCCCUUCCAGCCAUUUGGCCACGCCACAAACUGUUGAUAAUCUCAUUGGAAGCAUCCACUUCCCGAACAUGAAUUUGAAAAUUGUGCGCCCUUUCAUGACCAACGCCAUUCUGCACAUCACAAUCGCCCGAGUCCUCCGAGCGGCAGUCAUUCUCAAGGGACUGCUCAUCGAGUGGGUCACCGUCAAGGGUUUCGAUGAGUCGCUCCUGGAUGGGGUCGACGAGCAUUGGACCGUGUCGCGACACCAGGUUUUCCGUAAAGUCCAGGACCAUGCCCACUCGGCGAUGUUGCACUUCUUUUCGCCCACCCUGCCGGAUCUGGCCAUUCGAAGUUUUAUUACGUGGUUCCGUAGCUAUUUGACGCUGUUCGCCGAUCCGUGCAAGAAAUGUGGGAAGCAUCUUCAUAAUACACUGCCACCGACAUGGAGAGAUCUCCGGACACUGGAACCAUACCACGAAGAGUGCAAGCAGUAAUUUAAGCGUCCGAUAUUGUAAGCUAGUUUCUCAUCAUUUAUUUUUCUUCGAGUUUACACUACUUUAUUUUGAGCAAUGCUGAUGCUCACAUCUAAGAACUAUGAAUAUUUGUAAGAUCAAUCGAUCGACACCUAAUUCUUAAAACAAAAUUAUCACAGCCCUUGA